ACAAGCCCAAUCGGGAGUGCAGAACCUUGAUGAAGGCAUGCAUCGAGAGCGGCAGCACGAAAGAGGAAUGUCGCGCCCUCUAUCCUGAUUGCAAGAGGGACAAGCCCAAUGGGGAGUGCAGAACCUUGAUGAAGGCAUGCAUCGAGAGCGGCAGCACCAAAGAGGAAUGUCGCGCCCUCUAUCCUGAUUGCAAGAGAGGCAAGCCCAAUGGGGAGUAGAAGCCACAACAUUUAUUGAAAGUUUGAUCGAAUCGAUGAGACAUGAAAAAACAUCCCAGUACUGCCUCGGUCCUUUUUUCGGGACUUGCGUUUUUUUCGCUCGUCUCCUUUUUUGGCUUUAUUGUGAUCCGCGCUCGUGCGCUUAAACUACUAGGACCACUAACACAACAUAAUAAUAUAUUACUUCCAUAAUACAGUAUGCAUUAUAGGGUAAGAGGAGUGAUUUCCAAACAGAUGCUGUGAUUAUCAAGAGAAGGAUUAAGACAUAGAACACUCACUUUACUCGUUAUGCACUAAUAUCAGCUUCGGGAUUCCUUCUCACUAAUUGAAUCGUCUCGGAGCGCCGUAUCAGUGCUGGUUAGCGCGACAAGUAAAAAAUCCAUAAGUUUGUUUGAUAAUAGAAUUCCACGAGUUUAAGGAUCUAGGUGUCGAGGCUUUCAUCGGAAAUAAAAUUCAAUGUAAGAC